AUGUGCCAUUUUUUGGAUAAUACAACAAAAGUAUUUCAUUUUAUUCCAUCGAUUUCAAUAUUCAGUGCUUCAUUAUUCAUAACUAUUUUUCUAUUUUUUGCCAAUUUUAUUGGAUUUGCACUGUCUUCUGAUGAACGAUAUCUUCGUCUCAUUUAUGUUGCUCUCGCUUUUUUGCUUGUUCAACUUAUCGUAAUUCAAUUAAAUCAUUCAAUUGGAUAUAUUGUAUUUACCGUUAUUUGUAUUGCAAUGCUGUUUUCCUAUAUUUUGCUUUAUGUUUUCCAUGAUCGUGAGUUUUAUCAUUUUUCUCUAGAAUUCUUCAGAAACUAAAUAUUUUCCAGGAAUUGUAAACUUCUUCACAUAUUUUGUGAUUGGAUUUGUUCCGAUUUGGUUCAUUACAUUGAUUUUCACCUCGAUAUUUUUGGUGAUUUUCGGAAAACUCGAGACGAGAGAAAUAAAACCGGAAGCACAAAAAGAAGGAACAAAGCAUAAAGCAGAUAGUGUUUAUAUUCCAUAA